AUGAUAUCCUGCGCUUUUAUUUUUAUAUUAAGAUUUCUAAACCCAAAUAAACCUCUGGAAAAAGAUUCGACUGUCUCUUCUCAGUACUUGGAACAUCUAGUCAUAAUCGGUAGCGAUGGCGGUAGGUCAUUUUAUGCCGGUUACGACCAUCUCAUGCCGAACGGGUUCCCGGUACCCGAUUUAGAAUAUGAUUUAUUUGCGACCUUCUCAAAUAAAGUUGAAGUGGGUACAAAUACAAGGGCUUACUGCUCAAAAACUAUUUCGGCUGUGAAAAUUGCAGAGAUACUCGACGAUAUCGUGAAGACUGACAAACAACACAACCAAGGUCUUGUACCCACUGAUCCGAAGGAUCAAUCUUGUUUGGACUACAUGCAAAAAUUAUUGAUUGAUCAAGAUAUGGGUUUCAAACAACCUCUGAUAUCGGCAACGACUCUAAGUCAGGAAGAUAAAUGUUCGAGUAAUAACCUUAUCCGCUUGGCUUAUCGGGGUUUGAUAUCGGUAUCAGGAGCUUUUGAUUUCUUCGCUCCACAAAACGACAAAGCACAGUUGACGGUAGUCAUGGACAAACCUACCAGCCUGGUGAAUUUAAUGUAUACUUCUGAUCUACAUGGGAUAUACAUAGAAAGGAAUUCCAAUACACUGCUCCUUUGGUACUUUGGCCGUCUUCACAUUUUUAAGAAAUAUCCGAAAAGCCCAGUAUGGUACCCAGUGACGCAAAUUGGUUCAGAGAAACAAAAUAGUGCGGCUAUCCUAAAAUUUAUUCGCAAUUACACCGGCAUGAUCCAAAAAGUCGACAAAGCUCUUCAGGAAUUGGGAUCAUCAAAUGGAUUAGUCGAACUUUGUCGAUCAAUUUUCUGCUGGGCCGAAUGGGAACGAACGAAUGAUAUCCAAGUGGCUCAUAUAAGUAGCGUAGAGCUUAGAAAUUAUCCUGACACUGGUAUAAAUAUUUAA